AUGAAUUCAGAAAUAUCAACAAGUAAUGAUGAUGUCGACCCACUACUAUCAUCAGAUCAGGAGCUACAAAAUCCAAACCCCAAGAGACGUAAGCAUAACCGUGUCCGUACAGGGUGUUUCACUUGUCGAAAACGGAAAAAGAAAUGUGACGAACAUAAACCACAUUGCGAAAACUGUAUUCGAAAUAAAUUGAAAUGUCAAUAUCCAUCACAAUGGAAUGAAGCAUUGCCGUUAGAUUUCAAACUUGAAACUUUCCAAUAUGACGAAUUAGUGCCUCUUCAUUACAAAAGAAAGAAAAUCCUGAGCAAUUUGAAAUUGCAAAAAGUCCCUCAAGAUCUAUUUGGUGUAUUUCUAUUGAAUGCGUCGUCCCUUGAUGUAUCAAGUUCCAGUCCAAAAAACAAAGAGAUAUUAAUUGUUGAAGAGAUGGCCGAUAGUGAACAAGUGAAGGAGAGGGAGGUAAUCGGUACCGAGUUAGCAGGAUCGAUUAUUCAUGAUAAAAUGGAGAAUGUAACCCAAUUACCAAUAAAAACCCUGUUAUCAACGUCAUCAACAUCUCUCCCAUUAUUGAUGCAUGAAGAAAACAACAUAAGCCAAGUAGUAAGGUAUGAAGUCGAUGAACACCUGAAUGAUGCUUUAUCUUGGGUUUUCACUGGUCCAAUGACAAAUCUACAUCUAUUUGGUAAAUAUAUUCCUAAUAUUGAGCUAUCGCCACAAGAUGCAGAAUUGUACGUCCAUUGUGCUCGUGAUUUUAUGCAACAGGUCUCUUUACCACAUGCUCAUCCCUCCUUAAGCCCACCAAAUGUAUGGGUUAAUUUGGCUUUAGAGUCAUCAAUUUUAAUCGAUGUGUAUUUAAGUUGUGGGGCAACAUAUCUAGCAUGUUUGCAUCAGAACCUGAAGGUUGAGCAACUGCAGUUGCAAACAAAUGACAACGAACAAUUGGCACAAAAGUAUCAUGAAUUGUCAGAGACGAAGUACAACUUGGCCGUCAAAUCAUUGAUGCUGGCCAUUUCAACCAAUUCGAUUGAUUUGGAUAGUGAUUGGUUAAUGACUGCAGGAUUAAGUUUAUGUUUGCGUGAUCGAGCCAAUGGGUUGAAUGGCUCUCGCUGUACUAAGCAUGUCUCAUUUGUCUAUAAUUUAAUCAAACGACGAAUUGACAAAAAGAGACAAUCUCAAAGACUAGGGAAUACGCUGCCAUUAUCCCUGAUUACCCCAGUAGAACGAUUAUUAAUUGAUAGCUUUUUAUUCAAUUACACUUGUUCAUUUUUGACGUGUGGUAAGCAAGAUUUCGCCAGUCUCCCUUCUCCAUACUCGUUUUUCCCAGAUAUCGAAAACUGGUUUGAUGUGCCAAUUUUCCAAAAUUGUGAAGUCAAAUGGAUGAAUAAUCCAGUGUUAGGGGCAGCAAGAAAUAGUUUUCAAACAUUGGCCAAAUUAAUAUAUCUAUUGCGUAGCCACUACGAAUUUGAUGGUGAUGGAGCCGACAAUUGCCAUCACAUGAAUGAUGAAAUAUUUUGGGGAUUGAUAUUAGCAAUAAAUGAUCAAGAAAUCGAUCAAGUCGAAAAAGACAAUGUUUUGAAAUUAAAGCAACUAUUGGAAAUAUUUCCACUAGGAUCAAAAACAAUGGCAACUUCACAUAGUGGUGAAGAAUUGUCUUAUUCAGUAUUGAGGAGCAACCUUGCUGUCUCUAUAAUCACAAUCAAUGCUUGUAAGAUAUUGGCAGCUAAAUUAAUAAAUCCAAAAAUUCCGGCUUAUCUACCCCAAAUUCAAUCCCUGGUAUCGAUUAUAUUGGAAGAACUAAGUCUAUACAUUCCACAAGAUAACUACUCGUCAUCAAUUUGCAUUGCCAGUUUAUUCUUUUGUGGAGUUGCUAUAAUCAAUAAGUCUCAACAAGAUUUAUUGUGUUGCAAAUUGUCUAAUCUAAAAAAUAACCUCUCUCAAAUAGUUGCCAACAACUUGAUUUCAAUUUUGAGAAAGUGUUGGGACAAAGAAACAACAGAGCGCGUUAUUUUUGGUGACAAAUGUUACAAAUGCUUUGAUACGAUAUUUGAUCGAGCAAUUCUUGAAAGUGUCGCUUUUUGA